AUGCGACAGAAGCGCGCCAAGACGUAUCGUCGCCUGGUGCAUCAGUAUGUGUUGUAUUAUCGCUUCCGUGAGCCGUUCCAGGUCCUGAUAGACGAUACAUUUGCCGAGUCUCUUGUGCGUCUGAAUGUGCAAGAGCCGCUCAAGCAGCUUGGCAUGGUGCUGCAAGCCAAAGUGAAGCCUAUGAUCACGCAGUGCUGUAUGGCCGCGCUGUACGAGGCCGAGAUGCACUCACAGGGGGAUGAAAAGCAGAUGUACAAGCGAGUGAUUGCGCUCGCGAAGGAGUGGGAGCGUCGAAAGUGCAAUCACAAAGAGACGCAGCCACCGAUCGAGUGCCUGUCUUCUGUCAUUGGCCCGGUCAAUCAGCAUCGAUACGUGCUCGCGGCCGAUAGUGCUUCUGUGCGCCGCGCGCACCGCCGCCAAGUGCCUGGACUUCCGAUGCUGCACUACUCACAAAGUGUUCUGAUCCUGGAGCCUAUGAGUGAUGUGACGGAGCGGCAUAUUGCGCAUCUCGAGCAGUCGAGAUCCGCCUUGGACCCGGAAGAGCAGCGCCUCUUGCCGACGAUGCCAGCGCCAGCGCCAGCGCCCGCGCCGAAGCGGAAGCGGGCCAAGGGUCCGAACCCGCUCAGCGUCAAGAAGAAAAAGGCCGCGCCGGCAGCGGCGCCGCCGACACCUGCCGCCUCUGUCAAGCGACGACGCCACAAGAAACGGGGCCGCGGCUCUACUGUACAAUAG